AUGAAAAAGAUUACUGAACAGAGUGGUGGCUAUAGGCCUGUAAACAUACAGGGAAAUAAGAUCAGUUACAAAGGCGCUUGUCAAGAAAGCCCUGAAAUGGGGAUGAAAAGAUUGCAGAAGCGAUUUCUCCACAAGGAUGGCAGCUGCAAUGUGUACUUCAAACACAUCUUUGGGGAAUGGGAGAGCUACGUAGUGGACAUAUUUACCACACUGGUGGACAUCAAGUGGCGCCAUAUGUUUGUGAUAUUCUCAUUGUCCUAUGUUCUUUCCUGGUUAUUCUUUGGACUAGUCUUCUGGCUGAUAGCGAUCCAACACGGAGAUUUAUUCAAUGAUGAAGAAAUAACUCCUUGUGUUGCAAAUGUCCAUAGCUUCACAGGAGCAUUCCUAUUCUCCCUUGAAACCCAAACGACCAUCGGUUACGGUUACCGCUGUGUUACAGAAGAGUGUUCUGUUGCAAUCCUCAUGGUUAUCCUACAGUCAGUAUUAAGCUGCAUUAUUGACACCUUCAUAAUUGGAGCAGCCUUGGCUAAAAUGGCCACAGCUCGGAAAAGAGCUCAGACCAUUCGUUUCAGCUACUAUGCCGUAGUAGGUUUAAGGGAUGAUAAAUUUUGCCUCAUGUGGCGCAUUGGUGAUUUCCGGCCAAAUCACAUGGUUGAGGGCUCUGUACGAGCUCAACUUCUGCGCUACAAAGAAGACAAGGAAGGGAGGAUGACAAUGGAAUACAAGGACUUGAAGUUGCUAAAUGAUCAGAUCAUACUUAUUACGCCAGUGACAGUCGUACAUGAAAUUGAUAGUGAGAGCCCCUUGUAUGGUCUAGACCGGAAAGCUCUGGCCAAAGACAACUUUGAAAUCUUGGUCACAUUUGUCUACACAGGUGAUUCAACAGGAACUUCCCAUCAGUCAAGAAGUUCAUAUGUCCCCAGAGAGAUUCUUUGGGGUUAUAGGUUUAAUGAUGUCUUACAUGUAAAGAAAAAAUACUAUAAGGUGAAUUGCUUACAGUUUGAAGAGACUACAGAAGUUUAUGCUCCCCACUGCAGUGCCAUGCAACUGGAUCGGAAGGAGCACGAAUGGAACCGAACUGAGAAGACACGGGAAAAACAAGCAGAGACCUCAGCACUGAAGAUCAAGUCAUUUAAUACUAACCAAAAGUCAUUUAGUGCAGUUGCUCUCAUCACCAGUUGUGAAGAUCCAGAAGAUUCAGCCGUCAAUCAACCUCCUGAAGAAGUUUCUUAUCAGAAAGCAGCUGUGACCUUAAGUAGGCUAUCAAUAGAGUCCCAAAUCUAG